AUGAAGCAGGCACCUAGACUCAACCCCCUCCACCUCAGUUUUCUUCGUAGACUACUGAAGCUGAGGCGGAAGGAUUGCAUCCCAGACACGGACGUACCGGAGCGGACGGGAAUCCUCAGAAUCUACGCUAUGCUGAGACAACAACAACAACAACAACAACAACUACGCUGGAGCGGCUACCCCGUACGGAUGAACGACGAGAGGCAACCCAAACGACUCUUCUAUGGUAAUGUCGCCAUGGGUUCCCGCCGACAAAGAGGCCGGAUCGGUCACUACAAGGACACCCUGAAGACCUCACUGAAGCGCCUGCAGAUCAACCCGACAAAUUGGGAAAACCUUGCCCGGGACAGGCCUACGUGGCAGAGAACAGUGGAGACAGGCGCAGCAAUCUUCGAAGCCAACAGCUUCACCGCCGCCAAAGACAAACGCAAGACACACAAAUCACAACUGCAGCCGCCGCCUCCCAACACCAACGCCCAAUCGCCUCCAAUGUGUUCACGAUGUCAACGGACAUUCCGGGCGCCAAAUGGGCUUGUUAGACGCCUCCAGACCAACAGCAGUACCAGGACUGCACCAAUCGUCGUCUCUCCGUCUAUUCGGCGUCAUGCGUAUCAAGGACAGCGGAACUGA